AUGUCUCGGGUGUCCCCUCAGCCCCCGCCCGCUCCCAGCGCCACCGCCGCCCCGGAGGGAACCCCGGGCCGCCCCUCACUGCCGCUCCCCGCGGCUGCCGGUGCCGCCGGCGUCCCCCGAGUGCCGCCAAGCCCCGGGCACAGCGGCCGUUACAGAGCAGAGAGAACGGGCCCGGCCCAGCGGGACCCCCGCGGCCCCGGGAGGUCACCGGCGCGUCACCAGGGUGUCACCGAGACGGCCCCGGGCCGCGGCCCCAGCGGGGUCAGUCACUUGGACCUCUGCCUCAUCUUCCUCCUCUUGCGCUUCAGCCUGGGGACAGAAGGGACAGGGUGGUGGCGUCACCCCCGGGACCCCCCAGACCACCCUCUGGGGCCCCCCCUGGCCCCGGGGGUCCCCCCAGGGGUCCCCACGUACCUGCGCAUUCGCUUCUUGCGCCACUGCGGGAGAGAAGGAGGGGCCGUUAGAGCCGUUCAGAUGCCAGAGAUGCCCAGGAUCCCACAUCCACCCCACACCCACCCCGGAGCCGAAAGAACUGGAGACCAGGAGCAGAGAGAGAUGGAAAAAAUUCAGAAUAAAAUCCAAUAUCGCAUCGUUUAUUCUCUUUUAUUGACUUUGGUAAUAUUUGCACGUGUGGAGUUUGGGGUGGAAAACUCGGAUCUUGACGAAGGAAGCACAGCAGCCUGCGGAGACGCCCGGGAAUGUUCUUAA